AAAAUUUUCCCCAAAUAUUGAAUAUUUUGGUGGGAUCGAAAAUACUUCGCAAAAGCCAAGCUGUAUAUAAACUUGCGACUACGAUCAAAGCUUAUCAUUCAGGAAUAACUUAUCCAGAAUACCACAAAAACUCAAAAUGAAAUUCGUCCUUUUGGCCCUCGCUUUGAUCGGCGCCGCUUCAGCUGGCUACGUUGCUCCAUACGGAGGUUGGGGAUAUGGUGGUUGGGGACAUGCUGCCGCUGUUGCUCCACUCGCCACUGCCGGUUGGGGACACGCUGCAGUCGCUCCACUCCACGCUGCCUACAACGCUCCAGUUGUAGCUGGUUACGGACAUGGUUGGGGAUACGGAGCUGGAUGGGGACACGCUUAUGCUUCCCCAGCCUGGGGUUAUGAUGGUGUUUGGAAGAAGAAGGCUGCUGCUUAAACGGAAAACUGAACUGACUGACUUACCAAAUAUAUUAUUUUGCAAAAAA